AACUACGAAAGCGCGCAAAAACAUUGCAAUACCUUCUGCCUCUUAAGGAAUGGUGUAAACCUGCAAUCCUGCCACCAUGGAUUUAGUCAAGCGCAGCUUCAUCCGCGCUUGCAAGAAUCACAGCUAUCUGUCCUUCCAAAUGAUCAGCCAAAUCCUGACGCCGCUGUGUGAGACGCACAAAGUCAGGCAGCCCACAAGCAAGGAGGCAAUCAAAGCGUUUGUUGGCGAAAUAAACGACUCUAUUAAUAAUCUUGGCCAGUCUUUGGUAUUCGUCAAGUACAACAUCGCGAGUGAGGAGUACCUGGUGUACUCCAAGACCGAUGCGACGCCGGACACCGUUGUAAACACGGGACUGACCGCAGAGGAGUGCCAGUAUUUUUCCAAGUUGCUGGACCGGAUUGCCUCACAAGAGGAUUGUUGCAUCCCGUGGAACGCAGCCUACAAUGAAAACAUGCACAGCAAGUCAUUGCAUAAAGGUCACAUGCAGCAACUCCUGAAGAAGUGGUGCAAUAUGGGGUAUUUUCAGGAGAUUGACGACAGCUUCUACCUCGGGCCGCGCAGCCUCGUCGAACUCAGCUUCUACUUGAGCUCGAACUAUUCGGAACAUAUAAAGAAUUGCACGCUAUGCAAGGGUCUGGUGAUGUGGGACAUCAGGUGUUCGUCUUGCCAGAUCCAGUUCCAUCGAGAAUGUAUACAUAAGUACCUGCAGAAACGGGAUAUCUGCCCUUCCUGCAGCAACUUAUGGACAACUCCCUUGCGAAAGUCCACUGAUGCAUCCUAGCCAGAUCAAGGAAAAAAGUAUGUUUUAAGAUAAAAUUUCAUUCAUUAUCAUCAUUAUGAAACCUUAAAAUUAAGACAAAUGUUCUAUAUGUAAAAUAGAGCUUAAGAAAUUAAAGAUUAUGUUACAC